UGGAGUAUGGCUUUCUCUAUACUUAUGCUACAUUUAAUAAAUUACGCAAUAAUCCAAGGAACUACAAAUGAAGCAGCUGCAUUCCUUAUGAUAUACGUUGGUAUAGCAUCGGCUAUCGGAAGGCUAAUAUCGGGUUUUUCAGUCGGUUAUAAUGAUUUAAAUCCAGUUUUGUUAAACUUUGGAUGUAAUGGCAUACUAGCCUUAGCAACUGCAUUCUUUCCCUUAUAUUCUGACAAAUAUUCAGGACAAGUCAUAUUUGCUGUUAUAUUUGGAUUAUACUCUGGUGGCUUGAGCACAAUGAUUAGUCCGUUGUGUAUGGAUCUACUUGGGGCAAAAAAGGUUGCCAGUGGAGUCGGUACUUUAUUUUUCAUUGGUGGAGUAGGAUAUCUUGCAGGACCACCAAUAUCUGGUUUGAUUUUAGACUACAGAGGAGAAUACAAAGAAAGCCUGUAUUUAUGUGGUUGUCUCUUCCUCCUAUCAGCCAUGUUUACGAUUGGUACAACUUUAUUCAGAAGUCAACUCAAUGAACACGAGGUUACUAUUUCGUUGGACAAUUUAAAAGAUCCAAAUUUUAAAAUAUUUGAUGAAAAGUUGUUACAUAAUUUGAACGUAUCCGUAGAAGUUCUUCCGGAACAAACACCAAUUUGUAAUAAGGAAAAAGAUGCACAUCAAAAUUAUGUUGCAGAUGAUAAAACAAAUGAACAGACUCCUUUAACAGAAUAGUGUGCACAAUAAGAAUUUAGAUUAAAAUGAA